AAUUAUAAAUGUGAUGAACAACCUGUCAUAUCAUGUCUCAAACCGAACGUUUACCAAAAUCGCAGUUAAAUACAGAAUCAUGAACUAAUGCAGAAACAGUUGGUGUCCAAUCUGAGGUAAAAUAUGAUUGGCUAAACAGAUUCUAUUGAAACCGAUGUCGUAAAAGGCCGAAAACCUCAAUCUCAGUUCUCAGACCCUGCACCGCCGCGGCUCCGCCGUUUAUUUAUUUGGAUUCAACAGUAACAACGAUAACACCAAGAAGAAGAAGAAGAAGUAAGCAAGAAUGUUAGGAGCAGCCGUUGCGUCCAAAUGGAUUAGGUGUGGCGCUCGAGAGCUUAUUCUCCACAAUGAUUCUUACAAGAAAUCAAUCACUUGCUUCCGUUCUUCUCUUAUUAGAAGCACAGCCACUGUUGGUGGCAGUUCUGUUUAUAUCAAUUUUCCUUCGCUAACCAACUAUAGCAACAGCAAUAGAUUAUACUCUACAACGCAGCCUCUUCCAUGGAAGAAUCGAAGAAUUUCUGGUUCUGGUUCCACUGGACAUCAUCUCAAUUGCAACUCUUUCCUCUCCGAUUCUCCUUUUUCAGCCGCUGCUUCCAGGCAACCGAGUGCAAUGUUAAAUGGGCGUGUAUUGUUCUCAAGCUCUGCUGCCAAUCCUAAUAAGGACAAUGGAGCUAAACCAUCUAUUAGUUCUGCUAAACCAGAAGAGAAACAAGUUGCUGAUGUGAAAAUUCUUCGUACACUUGCCAGUUAUUUAUGGAUGAAAGAUAAUUUGGAGUUUCGCUUAAGGGUUGUGACUGCUCUUGCCUUUCUUAUUGGUGCUAAGGUCUUGAACGUUCAGGUCCCUUUUCUAUUUAAGCUUGCUGUUGAUUGGUUGACUACUGCCACUGGCAAUGCUACUGCCCUUGCUUCCUUUACCACUGCUAAUUCUACUCUCAUUGCGCUAUUUGCUACCCCUGCUUCUGUUCUCAUUGGAUAUGGCAUUGCCCGUUCUUGUGCUUCUGCUUUCAAUGAAUUGAGGACUGCUGUGUUCUCUAAGGUAGCUCUGCGAACAAUCCGUCAAGUGUCUAGGAAGGUGUUUUCACAUUUGCAUGACUUGGACCUCCGCUACCAUCUUAGUCGAGAAACUGGUGCGUUAAAUAGAAUAAUUGACCGUGGUAGCCGUGCAAUAAAUUUUAUCCUCUCUUCAAUGGUGUUCAAUGUUGUGCCAACUAUCUUAGAGAUAUCUAUGGUGGCAGGUAUUUUGGCAUACAAAUUCGGAGCCCCUUUUGCAUGGAUCACUUCACUUUCAGUUGCAGCAUAUGUUGCUUUCACAUUGUCUGUGACGCAGUGGCGGACCAAGUAUAGGAAGGCCAUGAAUAAAGCUGAUAAUGAUGCUAGUACAAGGGCAAUUGAUUCUCUAAUCAAUUAUGAGACUGUCAAAUAUUUCAACAAUGAAGCUUAUGAAGCUGUUAAAUAUGAUGAGUUCCUAAAGAGAUAUGAAGAUGCGGCAAUUAAAACACAGAGAAGUCUUGCUUUACUGAAUUUUGGUCAAAAUGUUAUAUUUAGUACAGCUUUAUCAGUAGCUAUGGUGUUAUGUUCCCAUGGGAUUAUGAAUGGCCAGAUGACUGUUGGUGAUUUGGUUAUGGUGAAUGGGCUUCUCUUCCAGCUCUCCCUUCCACUUAAUUUCCUUGGCAGUGUUUAUCGUGAGACCAUCCAGAGUCUUGUUGACAUGAAGUCCAUGUUUCAAUUACUUGAGGAAAGGGCUGAUAUUAGAGAUAAAGAUAAUGCAAAGCCUCUUAAGUUAGAUGGGGGCAACAUUCAGUUUGAUAAUGUACACUUCAGUUACCUGGUGGAAAGAAAGAUUCUUGAUGGCAUAUCUUUUGUUGUGCCAGCUGGGAAAAGUGUGGCUAUUGUUGGCACAAGUGGCAGUGGCAAGUCAACUAUUCUUAGAUUGCUCUUCAGGUUCUUUGACACUCAUUCUGGAAGUAUAAGAAUUGAUGGCCAAGAUAUACGGGAUGUGACACUAGAUAGUCUGCGAAGGUGUAUUGGUGUUGUCCCACAAGAUACAGUACUUUUCAAUGAUACAAUAUUUCACAACAUUCACUAUGGUCGUCUUUCAGCAACAGAGGAGGAAGUGUAUGAUGCUGCUCGACGUGCAGCAAUCCAUGAUACUAUCAUGAACUUCCCUGAGAAAUAUUCUACUGUGGUAGGGGAACGAGGGCUCAAGUUAAGUGGUGGUGAGAAGCAGCGUGUGGCAUUGGCACGUGCAUUUUUGAAAGCACCUCCUAUUCUGCUGUGUGAUGAAGCUACAAGUGCACUUGACAGCACCACAGAAGCAGAGAUAUUAAGUGCACUGAAGUCAUUAGCCAAUAAUCGAACUUCAAUAUUUAUUGCUCAUAGGCUUACAACUGCGAUGCAAUGCGAUGAGAUAAUAGUUCUGGAGAAUGGGAAGGUUGUUGAGCAGGGACCCCAUGAAGUUCUGUUGACCAAGGCAGGAAGAUAUGCACAAUUAUGGACACAGCAAAAUAGUACCGUGGAUGCUAUUGAUACAGCUAUUAAAUUGGAGGCAUAACGGUUUUCUUCUUGUUUAAUAAUCCUUCCACCUUCCUGAAACCACACAAAUAGAAUGUUGGCCGAGUGAUUCCUGCUACUUGGGUACGAGACCUAUUUGAUUGCAUUCUCGAAUGAGUAUAUUAAGGAACACGUGUCAUGGAAGAAAGAUAGCAACCUCUCUUGCUACAUGAGAAGACAUUUGGAACUGAACUUAUGGUGAGAUAGAGCAUAGCCUUCACAAAUUCGUGAGUUGCACAAAUCAAAAGCCAUCGGAAAACUGUAUAUCUAAAUUUUCUAUCGUGCUUAUUUCUGGUCCUUAGAUUGAAUGAGGCAGGAUAUAGAAAGAUAAACUUGCAUCUCAUCAUAGUUGUAUACUAACAAUAUACCAAAGUUGAUAGAUACUACAAAUUUUGUAUCGCAUCAUUUUUAGAUAUCAUAAUAAAGCUUUGUGCAAUUUUAGAAA